GCGUUGAAUCGCGUAGUUAAUUGCUCGUAUUAUCUGAAAAACUUCGACGAAAAAAUAAAAAUAUGCCUGGAAUUAUGGUAGAAUACAUCUUUUAUGGUAUGUCGUAUGUCGAAUUUGUUUUGUUUUUUAUUUUUAUUUUAUUUUUAUUUCUCAUAUUUUUCUUCUUUAUGUAAAUUUUAUUAGUUGAUCGUUGACAUCUAUACUCUUUACUGCUAUAGUCCGUGUGUCAUUGUUUCCAUAAUCCACAUGACCAUAAGUAAUUAUUAUAUUAUUUCAGAAUACUUCUAUACAUAAUAUACAUUACACGAUACACCCACAAUUAAAUAUUCAUAUGUACUAUUAUAGUUAACGUUGUUUCCUAUUACAAUACGUAAUCCUGCGUGUGCAGCAAUAAUUUUUAUUAUGUUAUUAUAUCAUUAUAUUGGGUAGCGCGCAUUAUCGGACGCACUCGGGCGCGACUGCAUAUUAUAGUGCCAAGAGAGAGUCGAUAGUCUGUGCAUUUUACAAACGUUGAAUUUCGUGUGUGUUAUUGUUUUAUUGUAGUGUUGUCUACCUCGUAGUAUGCGGUCGUACAAAAACAUAUUGAUUACUGCUGUAUACCCAUCUGCACCAGCUACAUCCAGUGUACGUCGGAGCUCGCAAUUUUUAUUGAUUUUCACAUAUUAAUAAUCGCUUAUAUUUACUACGAGUGUGCGGUCUAUUACUGUUCAAAGCUACGAAAUGAAUAAUGAGACAUUGUUGUUGGUCCUAAUCCUUGUCGUUUGCGUUCUGCAGACGAUCACUAAUCAGUCGUCGUCUUGUUCUCGACAUUUGCAACGGCCAAAACACGAGUACCACCUGACAAAGGAAUGCGCAGCAUCCAAUAUGCGGACGGUUGCAUCGUCGAACGCGACGGAUUUAGAAUCUUGCGUCCAGUUGGCUACGACGAAAAAUGCUUUCGCAUUCACAUACGCAAACUUCUCUGAAGAUAUGGAAUCCACAUUGAGUUCCACGUGCAAUGUUUUUGAUUGCCCGGAGUUCCAUUCAUUUUUACUCACUGCAAAUGUAUCAAUGUACGACUAUUAUAGCAUGUUCUCAAAACCUUUGCCUGGUGAAAACUAUACUUGUGCACCGGGCCUUGGCGUAUUCGAAUUGGUAUCGAAUCAUUUAAACUAUUCAAACGCUAUGAUCGCAUGUGAGAACGUCGGCGGUCAUCUCGCAAAUGUCGUAUCCGAUUCUCGGACUUCAUUCUUGGCCGCGUUGGUGUCAUCGGAUUUAAAAAACAAGACUCUCAACAACCGUAAAGCGUUUGUUGGAUUAUUCUUCGAAAAUGACUUUGUAACCAUCACAGGCGAACCGUUGAGUUGUUUGCCGUUUAGAUCAUGGGCGCCAGGUCAUCCAAAAUCUGGAAGAUCUAAGAAAGAGUGUGUAGUGCUCACGGGCAACAGGUACUGGGAGACAGUGGACUGUUCGAAGAAGUUUCCCUACAUUUGCGAACUCGUGCCGGAUGGUCCACUGAGCCUUGUGGAACGGUACUGCGCACCGAUUAACAACAUAAAACGUAGAAAAAAUUGUAUUUUACGUAACCACAAACAAUUUGAACAAAUCGAGCAAACAAAACAACAAUGCAAUGGCAUUAUCAACACAAACAAAUCUGUGGCCAUAAAUGACAACAAUUAAGUUCUGAAUGAC